AUGAAGAGCAAUGCAUCAGUCUUCCUGAGACUGCAGUUCCUAUUUACCUUCCUUUGCUGGGUUCUGCCGCAUGCAGCACUCAGAAUUCCAGCGGCCAUUGUUCGUGCUCGGAUAAGAGGACUACCUUUAGGGCCUUCCAUUUGGAAUGCGUUUGCGGGGGCCUUGAUGGCCAACGCUCCCCCACACCAACUUCAGGCCAUCAUGCCUUCCACUAUCGAGACCUAUAAUGCAUGGAUAUCGUCCCAUGGAACUAGACGCGCGGUAGAUAUUCUACCGGCUGACCGUUCAACUCGGCUCCUGUGGAUGGGACCCAGGAAAGCGAACAAGGUGGUGCUUUUUUUCCACGGCGGCGGAUAUGUGAUGCCGCUUUCUGAAGGGCACCUGGACUGGAUGGCGCAUAUCAGGAAGGAGGCAGGCCACGCUGGCAUUGAGCUCAGUGUCUGUAUGCUUGAAUACGACCUUGUUCCCGCAAACCCAUAUCCUAGGCAGAUGAUGCAGGGCAUCUUCGCACUUAAGCAUCUGUUUGCUUUGGGGUAUAAGCCGUCGGAUGUUGUCUUCGGUGGCGACUCAGCAGGCGGCCACCUAUCGCUAUGUCUUCUAUCCCAUCUGCACCGUCACCGCUACUUUGAGGGGGAAGCAGAUUAUACAAUCGACCUACAGGGCCCGGUAAAAGGGUGUUUCCUUGUAUCACCACUAUCAUCAUUCGACUUCAAUACCCCUUCCUAUCAGCGGUGGCUCAGCGCUGAUGUCCUGAGUCGUAGGGUUGUGGAUGAAUGGGGAGUUUACCUUGUCAAGGACUCUCCCUGGCAGGAGGAGAUUGCUGCUGGGAGUGGCUGGGGGAUGGCACUCGAUGUGCCGGAAGGCUGGUGGGAGAAUCUCGAGGUCGUUGAUCGUAUCCUUGUGACCGGGGGCUACGAAGAGGUUUUUAGCGACCAUAUACAACGGCUUGGCGACUUACUGAAGAGAAAGAUUAAAGGGACUGUGACUCUGUAUAUGGCCAAUGAGGCCCAUGACGGGCCAUUGAUGGAUUUUGCGGCUGGGAGGACCCCCAGCAGAACUACAAAGGCGAUUACCAACUUUGUUGUAGCUUGCUUCAAGGAGUGA